AAGCGAAGCUGCGCAGUGAGUCAGUUAGAACAUUAUUAGCAUUUAGGCUAGCAAGUGAACGCGUUGCUGGGUGGUGUGAGUGUGAUGGGUGGUGUCAACUGGAUAAUAAGGAAAGAUCUGUUUGUUCAUUAAACUGGUGAGUCCUGGUGAGGAUGACAAUGACUCAUGUGGGGGCAGUAGUUGGCGCAGUAACAGCAGUGAUGGCAAUCCUGCUGCACGCCUCCAUUCACAAGAUAGAGGAAGGACACCUGGCGGUUUACUACAGAGGAGGAGCUUUGCUAACCACUCCCAAUGGCCCUGGAUACCACAUAAUGCUGCCAUUUAUUACCACCUUUAGAUCGGUACAGACCACUCUUCAAACCGAUGAGGUGAAGAAUGUGCCCUGUGGAACCAGUGGAGGAGUGAUGAUCUACUUUGACCGUAUAGAGGUGGUCAACAUGCUGGUACCAUCAGCUGUGGUGGAUACAGUGAAGAACUAUACAGCAGAUUAUGACAAAACUCUAAUUUUCAACAAGAUUCACCAUGAACUCAACCAAUUCUGCAGCGUGCACACACUACAAGAGGUCUACAUCGAACUGUUUGACAUCAUUGAUGAGAACCUGAAGAUCGCUCUGCAGAAAGACCUCAACGCCAUGGCACCUGGACUAACGAUACAGGCUGUCCGUGUCACAAAGCCCAAAAUCCCAGAAGCCAUCAGGAGAAAUUUUGAGCUCAUGGAGGCUGAGAAGACUCGUCUGAUGAUAACAGUUCAAACUCAGAAGGUUGUGGAAAAAGAAGCAGAGACUGAGAGGAAGAAAGCCAUCAUCGAGGCUCAGAAGGUAGCUGAGGUAGCACAGAUUCAUUUCCAGCAGAAGGUGAUGGAAAAGGAGACUGACAAGAAGAUCUCUGAGAUAGAGGAUACGGCGUUCCUUGCUAAAAUGAAGGCUAGGGCUGAUGCGGAGUAUUACACAGCCGCUAAGAUGGCAGAAGCUAACAGGUUGAAGUUAACCCCCGAGUACCUCGAGUUGAUGAAGUACCAGGCAAUUGCAGCCAACAGUAAGAUCUACUUCGGCCAGGACAUCCCCAAUAUGUUUGUUGAGGGACACAACCCUUCCUCCGGCCAGGACCCAGAGACCCUGAAGGUCUCCCAGAAGGCCGGACACUAAGAAUCCUAGACGUUCAGUUAAGGGGUUGGAGUGACAAGAAGGUGUAUAAUGCUUUAGUCUUAAUUCUAUACGUUGGGGGGAGGGGGCAUUAUUGGAGUGGUGUGGGGAGUGCUCCAGCGAUGGAUCUGGGCAGUGAUGCCAAUAUAUGGACUGGGUUGAGCGCUGGGCAGGUGGCUUUGUCUCCUUGCUCUGCGUGUGAAGCUUUGCAUCAUAUACAACUCUUAGCUAUGCUUGUUUGGAAAUGUGUGUUUUGUGAGAAAAAAAAAUCUGCUUUAUGCAAGGUUGAGCAUUAAUUUGGGCCUUACUGUCUGGGAAUUGUUUUUUGCUUAACUGGAAUGUGAAGAAGGCGACACUAAUUGUUGUGAACUAAAUGGGUUUGAUAUGAUAAAAAAAAAAGGGGGGGGGGUAGGUUCACUUGUAUUUGGUCUCUUUCUAGUCAUCCUGUGUGCAUGCGUAUGUACGUUAGCCAGGUUAGAGACACUACAAACACUCAGCAUGUUGGGUUCUAAUAAAACCUGUGAGGUUCUAUUAGAACAUCAGUAGAAAUCAAGACAGAAAUAAGGUAAUGGUUCUGGAGUAGAACUAAGGGCUUUCAGAAGGCUGUCGUGUAUCAGCACUCUUCGCUAUACCCAGGGCUGCUGGGUAGCGUAGUCAGUGGAGUAGUUGUAGUUAGAUGGGUUGUUGCUUAGUUUGAUGCUGCAAUCAAAAAAGUUACUUGGAAUAAUUUAGAACUGUAUUAUACAGUUUGGUUGGGCUUCAUUUAUUCUCCAGGAUCUGCUUCAACUGGAUGGCAGAAAGACACUAUUUGUCUUUUUAUGCCUCCAGGAUAGAAAGCAGGACUACUAAUCUAAGGGGCUGUUGUUAGCAUGAUAAUCCAAACACUGCACCAGUUUUUCCCAACUAUGGGUAUUGGACCCCUGGGGGUAUUUGGGCUACCCUCAGGGGGUACUUGAAAAGACAGGGGUAAAUGUGAGAACUACAGAGCAAAAUCCUGUAGUAGACUGAAAAAAGGUUGGGAACCACUACUUUGUAAGUCCUCCUCAUGACUGGGUAUCAAUGUUGAGCGUAGUGCUAGUUGAACCCAGUGCUAGACCCCAUCGAUACAUGUCAAGAGGAAGGCCAACCCCCCCCCCCCCCCCCCCCCCAACCGAUAUUUUCAUAUUUUCAACAGUUUCAGCAUGGUUUCUGGCUCAGCAGCGAUGUAAAACCAGCUUAGCUCCGCGUGGUUUGACAGUUUUAGCUCGGUAGUGUUAAAAGCCCUGGUGUUGGUAGGAAUAGUUUUUUGAAGAGAGGUAACGUUAGCUUUAGUGUUAACUCUCAGGAAAGCUUCAGGUGACUACUAACUUAACAAUACAGAGCCAUACUGUAACUCAUUUGUUUGUGUUUAUAUAUAUCAACCUCAACACAGGCUUACCGAGAUACAGACUUCAGUUAAGCUACUAGGGCUUUUCAAUAAUUAACCACCAACAGUGAAACUACUCUGAAGGAUUUCACAGAAGCGGGUUUACUGUGUUAGCCAGCAAACUUUUGAUUAACGUUCAGGGUGUAGGCUAGUUAAUAAUUUUCGGCAAUGUUCUGGAAAGUUCAGUAAGACGGUCAUGUGCCAAUCUUAAGUGUAUACAUUUGUGAACGUUAUAUCCAUAUUAUUGGUAAGGUUAGCUGACUAACUCCUUGAUUCCUGCCUUGUGACAUCACGCUACCGUGCUGCUGUUUACUUGAUCUCACCAAUCAUCUUUCUCUUACGGCAUUGGUGGUGGGUUUAGAAAAUGCAGGAAAGGGUGGAAUAGAAUUUGUCAUGGAAAUAAUUAACAAGUUUGUGUUACUUUUGUACAAUCUUUAUAAUUUCAACUGAAUUAUUGUAAACGAUUUAUAUGCAAAAAGUUUUCAUGACGUUUUGACAAUGUUCGAUUUAAUAUGUAAAAUAAAACCUAUUUUGAUACCA